UUGUUCAUAUAUAAAAAGAACCUAGGAAUUGAAAAUGUGGAAAAUCAUUACCAAAAAAAAAAAAACAAAAAAACAUCGAAUCACAUUCAACAGGAUGAUUGUAUCAUCCAAAUUAAUAGACAGGAUUCCUGUCAUUAUAACAAUGAUAAUAAUGAUCAUUAUCAUUAUUCCAAAUGAAUGUUUUAAAAUUUUUCAACCGCCACCAUCAUCACCAACAUAUGGAUCAACAUUUUCGUUACCGGCAGAUAAAUUACCGGAUAUAAUGCCUGUUGAUGAUCAAUUGUUGAUUAUUGGACAAUCUGAUUUGAUCAAACCAUCGAUGAUGAUGAUGAUGAUGACACCAUCACCAAUACCAACUUUAUCACCAUUGGCACAAUUAUUCAUUCCGCAAGCAUUAAUGUUACAGAUGGAUACAAUGAAUGUUGAACAUCGUGAUAUGGAUAAUAUUGAUCCAAUUUCAUUAACAAUGGAUCAAUCAUCAUCACAGCAGCAAGAACAGCAAGCACAACAACAACAAACAUUACCAACAACAUUAUCGGUACAGGAAAUUGAACAAAAUUUAAUUGAAAAUGAUACAAAAAUUCUAGCGAUGAAUAAGGAAUUGGAAAAAUUUCCAAUAAAAUUUCAAGGUUUUAUUGCUGAAAUGAAAAUUAAAUGGAAAAUUCGUCCAAUAUUAUCAUUAUAA